CGGGCGCUGCUGCACCAGCUCUAAAAAACAUUCGCACUCGCCUCACGCGGCAACCGCAUCGGCUCGCACUCUGCUCGCCGCAGCUGCGGCUUCCCCGUUAUUCCUCUUUCACGCGCCCGCUACACUCACCACAACAAGCUCCUUGCAGCGCCAUCAUUUCCAUGGCCGCAAUGACGGGCCCGGGCGCCGACGGCACCGGCGCUCGCCAGGGCAGCAGCCACCUGACCGCCUCCACGGACCUGGACGCGACGCCCAACCAGCUGCCGCUGGCGGCGGUCCUGGACGCCAGCCUGCAGCGGCGCAAGGCGGCGGCGGUCAGCAGCGUGGCCCUGGACGGCGCCAUGCGAGACUUCACGCUGGUCCUGUCGGAGGGCGCGGGCGGCGGCUGCCGGUGGGCCGUGGGCGAGACGCAGGGCCGGCGCGGCAGCAUGGAGGACGCGCACGUGGUGUGCCUGGACACGGACGGCGACGGCAGCGGCCGCACGGCGCUGUUCGCGGUGUUCGACGGCCACAGCGGCGGCGAGGUGUCCACCUACUGCGCCCGGCACAUCGUGGAGGUGCUCCAGGCAGCGCCCUCCUACGCGGCUGGCGACAUGCCAAAGGCGCUCAAGGAGGCGUUCCUGGAACUGGACCGCCGCAUGCAGGACCCGCACAGCCGGCCCGAGCUGGCGGCGUACCGGCAGAUGGCCAAGGCCGACAAGAGGUCGUCGCAGCAGGCGGCGGCUGACCGGGACAAGCACGGGCGUGAUGAGCCGGACGUGCGGAACGGCGACCAGCAGCAUGGCAGCGCCGGCGAGCAGGAGGAGCAGGAGCGGGAGCUGGAGGUGCCCGCCCCGCGCGGCGAGGUGCUGCCGCCGUCCAAGCACGCCGUCAAGCGCUAUGGCAUGGUUGACGAGUCGGGGAGGUAUGUGGGGCCGGGCGCCGGUUCCACGGCGGCGGUGGCGGUGGUGCGAGGCAACCAACUGGCGGUGGCGCACGCCGGGGACAGCAGAGUGGUGCUGUGUGAGAACGGGGUGGCCCAGGCCCUCACCCAGGACCACAAACCCGACAUACCCGCGGAGCGUGACCGCAUCUACCAAGCCGGCCUGUUUGUGAUGCAGCAGCCGGGCGGUGUGGCGCGGGUGGGCGGCAGUCUGGCCAUGAGCCGAGCCAUGGGCGACGUCAAGUUCAAGGCGCCGGAGCUGCCCCCAGACCAGCAGGCCGUCACCGCCGCGCCCGACACCACCCAGGUGCGACUGGGCGGCCAGGCGGCGGCGCCCGGCGACCCCGCGGCCGCGAAUCACCCCCGGCUGCUGGUGGUGGCGUGCGACGGCCUGUGGGACGUCAUGGACCGCCAGCAGGUGUGUAACUUCCUGGAGCUGCAGCUGUCCUCUCACGGCGGCGACCUGCGCGCGGCGGUGCGGGGCCUGGUGCACGAGGCGCUGCGCCAUGACUCCGCCGCCAGCGCGCCCGCCACCGACAACGUCACCGUGCUGCUGGUGCAGCUGCCGUGAUGGGGUCUGUAGCCUAAAGGGGCUGUGUCGCUGUGCUGAUGGGGGCUGUGAUGACUGGUGAGCGAGGGGCCUGUGGUGCAGCGGCUGUGAUAUGAAGGCAGUAGAGGGGGCGGCUGUGAUGGCAAGUAGAGGGCGUGCAUGUUGCGCUGUUGCCGGCUUUGUGUGUGAGCGGCUGGACCGGACUUAGGCGUUACACAGCGUACUGUUGGGCAGUGAUAUUGUUGGGUUGGAAGGAUUUGGGAAGAUGGGUGCAGCGAGGGGCUUCACGGAGCCGAUGAUGUGUUUACCACGGGGCUGUUGGCUGCCAUAGCAUAUUGUUAGAGCGGGUCGUGUGGGUGGAGAACCAGGACUGGGGCGAGGUAGCGACACGUGGU